GUUAGCUACAAAGUGAGGCAGUGUCCCGCCCUCCCAGCCAGACCCCACACAGGAGCCUCCAUAAGCAACAGCCGUCGCCUAUAUAUUUAAUUCCUAUCCCCCAUACAGGUGCCUGGGGAGAUGGUGGCAGAGAAAGAUGGUUCAAGCCCCCCGAAAUUCACUGGAGAGAGACCCCCACAACAACAGCAGCCACUGGGGCAGCUGAGGAGAACCAAGCAGCAGGUCACUGAUGGAUUCACUGUUAAAGCCAUGAUGAGAAACUCUGUGGUAAGAGGACCCCCAGUUGCAGGAGCAUUUAAAGAAAGACCAACAAAGCCUACAGCAUUUCGCAAGUUUUAUGAGCGAGGAGACUUCCCAAUUGCCCUUGAGCAUGAUACAAGAGGAAAUAAAAUAGCCUGGAAGGUGGAGAUUGAGAAACUGGACUACCAUCACUAUCUGCCUCUGUUUUUUGAUGGGCUUUGUGAAAUGACAUUUCCCUAUGAGUUUUUUGCUCGGCAAGGAAUCCAUGACAUGCUGGAACAUGGGGGAAACAAGAUUCUUCCAGUCAUUCCUCAGCUCAUUAUCCCAAUAAAAAAUGCAUUGAACCUUCGUAACCGACAGGUCAUCUGCAUCACGCUCAAAAUCCUCCAGCACCUGGUAGUGUCAGCUGACAUGGUGGGGGAAGCCUUGGUGCCCUAUUAUCGCCAAAUCCUCCCCAUCCUCAACAUCUUUAAGAAUAUGAAUGUGAAUUCAGGAGACGGUAUUGACUACAGCCAGCAGAAGCGUGAAAAUAUUGGAGAUUUGAUUCAAGAAACACUGGAAGCCUUUGAGCGCUAUGGUGGAGAAGACGCUUAUAUAAACAUUAAAUACAUGGUCCCUACCUAUCAAUCGUGCUUGUUAAACUAACAGAUAAGACAGUUGUGUCAACAGGGAUGAUUCCAUUUGUAUUCUCAAAGGCUAUAUCCAAUUCUGUAUAAUAUCUUGUUGUUUGUGCUUUCUUCCUCUACAGCUGCUAAAGUAGUGGCUUCUGGACCAUUAAACUGCUAGCACUAUUGUGAACAAGUCUUUCCAAUACAUAAAUAGUGCCUGUUCCUUAGAUUACAAUGGUGUACUGUGCUUAUUUGUUCUAUGAAAGAAUUACUUCUUUAUAACAGAGCUGACUGGAGCAGAAGUCAGAGUUAAACCUUCAGUUGUGUAGACAAUAAAACCAUAAUUUUCAUACACAAUUCAGCAAUUACUAUUCUGUGUCUGCUUGCCGUGGGGGUGAUGUCAGGGGUUGUAACAAGAAGAGUUUAUGCUGACUGCUUAAUAGGUGUUUGUGAUGGAAACGAAAGUUCAGCAAUGCCUCUCCAGCAGCUGUUGAAAAUUAUGUGCUCUGAUAUACAAUAAAACUGUUGAAUGUAUAUACCAAUUACAGUAGGAAACUUUAUACAGUCCAUUAUAAAGCUCUGUGAUAAAAAUUAAUUAAUGUUUCUUCCUCACUCAUGAUAUGGGUUUCCAGGUGUUUCCCUUUUUAUGUAGUUUGGGUUCUUAUUUAGGAAAAUAUGUGAGAGUAGUUUUAAAAAAUUUAUCAGCUGGGGUAAGGUGAAUAUGUAUUAUACAAUCCCAAAACAAAGUGCUAUAUUAAGCAACCACUGCACAGUUGUGUAUGUAGAAAGGACACUAAUAUUCUUUAUAGCUCUUAAUAUCUUUUUUUAAUUGUUUAUAGUUUAUAAUUGUUUGUAAGUUUCCCCACUAAAUAAGUUGUUGUCACCUGUGCAUCCCUAUAGCAGGUUG